GGCUUUUGAUUGGAUGUGCAGAGAGGGUUCAGUCACUCAUUCGCGUCACUCUACAUGCCUGGUCAAGCAUUCACAAUCAAAUGCUGCGCACAAUACAAGUACAUUAACGUUGGAGUGUGAGGUCAUUGCCAUACCUCUAGCAUACAAAUCAUAUGUGGUGUAUAUAAUGAGAGUACUAUGUGUGUGUGUGGUUAGUAGAAGGAUUGCUUCCAACUAGGAGUGAGUAAACACGCAGGGUUUCUCUCUUCUCUCGCUCUCUCUUCUCUUAUACGGAACAAUUAUUGUCCAUCCAUCUAGCAGAGGCUUAUCUUCCACCAGCAAAUAUGGCCUCUAGGCAGGCUAAAACAGGGAAUUAUCAUUACAAUCUAUGUUUCCAAGGAAAGUGUGAAGAAUUAGAUCAUGAAUGGCUGACAAAGAAAGAUUGCAAACAGUUGGGUCAUCCCGCAGUAGCUCUAGUCAUUCCAGUAUUGGUGAGGAUUCCACAGGAACACCACCUCCAGAAGUACAACAGAAUACCUCUCCUGGUGUAAGCCCUCGUAAGCCAAGUCAAGGGUACCAGUGCCAACUCUGUACGUUUAUUGCGUCCACACAAGCUGCUUUCGAUGAACAUAUGAACAUUCAUACAGGUUCGCGCCCAUACCAGUGUUUAGAGUGCGGCUUCAGUUGUUCAUUACAUAGUACGUUACAGCAGCAUCUGGCAGUCCACAGGGUCGAUAUGACGAGUUCCAUCUUAAUUGAUCGUCGCAUGCCAGACAUUAAUAAAAUAAGAGACCUGCCCCCGCCCCUCAUGCCGGAAGUGAGUCGAGGCAUUCCCUUGCAUGUAUCUACCUCAGGUCCCCCUCCAACCAUGGAAGGUCUCAACUCCUUAAGCGCCCUUUCACCAUUUUCUGAACAUGGACGAGUGUACCAGUGUAAGCUGUGUACACACAUUUCUCCUACCAAGACACACUUAAAUGAGCACAUGAAUGUUCAUUCAGGGAAGAAGCCCUACAAGUGCCUGGUUUGUGGCUUCAGCAGUGCCUUCCGAAGCAGCCUAAUGAGGCACUUGAUCGUCCACACUGGCACCAGUAAGCAGUUCAAGUGUGACCAGUGCCACUACCAGACGCCCUACAAAUGCAACCUGCAAGCGCAUCGUCGUAAGCGCCAUAAUAAUGUUGAUGUCAAUGGGGCACCGUUGCCACCGUUGUCCAUGACGGAAGAUAGCUCGCCGCCUUUCAGUGCUCAAAAUAAUAUCUCCUCACCUUCAGAAGAAGGGCUGUACAAGGCCCCUCUCUAUACCAGUGAAGGCAAACCAGUCUUAGAUACCUCAGGAAGUUUUGAUAAUGGCCCCCCUUCUUUAUCUCAUGCAUUGUCCAUGCAAGAACACAGCCCCUAUGAUGGCUCAGACAAUAGCAUUAGGGAAAUGGAGAUGGGCAAUGGCAAGAUUGUAAAACAUUCAAAUAUUUCUCUACCUCAUUCAGAAAUAGCCUCCUCAGAAACACUAAGUCCCCAGAAGACAAGUCCAGGAUCAAGUACGGGUCAACCUCAGGAAAUGCCAUCCCAGGAUACACCGGACCUCCCGGGCAACCCCUCACCACAUCUACCUUCCCGGGAUGUCCAUGAAAGUGAUAGCAACCAUAGUGCCCCUUCUAGAUCAGGUAACAUCACACCUGGCUCUCUGGUGGGUAGCAUGGUCAAUAACACAAUGAACUCUGUCAUUUCAAAUACAUCUAUAUCUCCUCAACCUCUUCAUCCCAACGAAAAUGCGCCUCAUUGGGCCAACUUUCCAAUCUUUAGACGCAAGAAGGAGGGCGGUGCCAGGAAGCGGAAGAGGACACCCUUUCCAAAGAGGGAGCUGGUUAUGUCACCAGAACAAGAGCAUGGUACAGAGCUCUGGAUUGAUACCAGGUCUGAUGUACCCAACACAGAAGGUCAUGUAGCAGCAGCAUAUGCCAGUGAAGCUAAUCACCCUCUUGGAGUCAAAGCAGAAGGGGUCAUGCCUGCAUUCCAUCAUCAGGCAAUGGUCAAUGGUGUUGACGUGCCGGGCUCUCCACAUGACCAAAACAUGUACAAGUAUCCUCAUGGAGUUGGCCAGAAUCUGAGAUCCCCUGGUGAUGUGACACCAGACUCAGACGAAAACGCUGGUCACACGCAGAGGUACUUCAAGCAAGGAAUUUAUGAAGGUGAAGUGGUGACCAACAAUGGUGAAAUAUCUACCUCUGGCCCACAGGCGGCAGACAAGGGCAACAAGAGCAGCAGCAGUAGCGGUGGUGAAGAAGAUGGCAAGAUCGACGGCCAAGCACAGACGGAAUGGAUGGGAGGUGAUCCAGUGGGCAUCCCUCACCAGGCUGUCAAAUGUCCUCACUGCGAGACCUUCUUUACCGAUCAUGUCAUCUUUACUCUGCACAUGAGCUGUCAUGGCACAAGACAUCCUUUCCAGUGCAGCAUAUGCGGCUACGUCUGUCGGGACAAGAUAGAGUUCACUUGUCACGUGACUCGAAGCCAACAUGUCAGGUAAUGCUUUCAAGCCAUGAAAUAUCUAAAAUAUUACUUUGUCACUUUUAAGUAGGUGUUGGAGCUUUGAACUUAAAACAUUUUAUGAUGCGGGUGCAAAAUAUAUGAAAUAUAAGUGUUUUUGACUAUUAUGUGUCGAAAUGUUCCAUGUUAUACUUUUAGCGCAAGCUUAUUUGUCAAACUGCAAUUACUGUCUAUUUUAUCAUGUAAAAUGUGUAUUAUCAAGUGUAUUGAAAUCAUUCGAGACAAAAAAUCAACAAGUGCUUGCAUUUUAUUUUGUUCAAGCAAAGUCUUAUCAGGAGAACUACUGUUAUAGUUUUAUACUUUUAUAUCCAAUGAGAAUAUUUCUUAUGUGCACUACACAUAUACAUUUAUAUGCUAAGUACCUAGAGAUAAAAAAAAACAUAUCUGGAUUUAUUUCCUCAAAUCAGUAAGUAUAUAUCUAUUUUGGGCCUAUUUCAGGCUUUCAUAUUUGUGAUUUUUAAGUCAGGAUUUCAUAAUGAGUAUUGUAAAUUUUUUAACAUUUAUUAUUGUUAUUAUACCUCAUUGUAGUAGUGAUGAUUAGUAGAUUAUAUUGUAGAUGUGUUACUCUAAUAUUUAACAACCCUUAUGGGGGGUUUUCCGUAAAAUAUCUUUUCAUCAUAGUGUGAUUUCACACUACCAAGUAUUAUAGAAUGCAUGAUCCUCAAAACCUUUCAACCUCAAAUGUGAUAUCAACUAACAAACCUCAAAAAUGGAAGUAAAACAUUACAGUAUCAUUCUGCAGAAGUUGCCUUUUUCUUCUGUCAGUAGAUUAAGAAUAUCUAUAAAUAUUAAUUCAUUUAUAAAGUUUUGGCUAUUAUAUAAAGAACAGUGAACUCCCAUCCCUUCCAAUUUAAAUCAUGUCUUUUAUCACAAAAAAAAAUUAAGCAGAUGAAUGACCUAAAAACCGCUGUAAAACAAGCCAAAAUACCCAAUUCACAAACCUUUAUUUACUAAACCUAUUCCUUUCUCGUAUACUUUUGUAAGCAACCCGAUAACCCUAGUGCAUGCCAGAGGCUUGCCAGAUAUAGCAACCAACAAGUAAUACAAACUAGAUAUCAUUUAAGCAUUUAUGGUACAUAUAUUUUGGGUUGGGCCAUAGAAAUUAAAUGUUCAUAAAUUUGAACAAGCUUAGCAAACCUGUUUAUUGAGCAAUCAAAUCACAUAUGUACCUGUAAAUUACUACGCAUUAGGUCCAUUUCUGGUUUUGUGUUUUGCACAUUAACUGUGAUCUUUAAUAGGAUUACUUAUUUUCUGUUCUUCUCUCAUCUCUCCUCCCCCCGAUCUCUUACUGUCCUUUUUCUCUCCUGUUUUUGUUUUUGCUCACUGUUCCAUGAGCCAAGAGAUUGUGACAAUCUGCAGCAAUCCUGAGUUUUCUUGCUUUCCUUCUUACUCUAAUUUCAUGUCCUAAAUUUAGUGUUGUAUAGAUUGCCUCAUCAUGCAUACAUUGCUACACAAUCCCUCACUGAUCCACCAUGAAUGUAUGCAUACAUAAUAUUAAGAUGAGAUAAACAUUUCUUCUAAUGCUUUGCCAUAAUCCUUCUCUCCCAUAAUCUGAUCCCUCAACCUAAUUCUUCCAAUUGUACUUCAUCAGCAGUGCCAGAUGAAGGAGAUACUUUUCUCAUCAAAAUGCAUAAGUCUUGAAUCUGAGCGAUGAAGCUGUUUCAUUGCUCAGGACUGCUCACUCACACUCACAAGUCUUAAGACUUGUAACAGAGCUUCUGGUACCUCUUGGAAACAUGGUAGUUUUAUGAGCAGCCCUUUUACACAUGCUCUAUUUUUUUUUAAACACAAUUAUGAUCUCCUAUCAUAAUGCAAUGUGUUAUUUUGUGUCAGGCUUUGGCCCCUUCUUCUCACUUGUUCAUGUUUAUAUACUUGGGCUUUUUACUCUUGAGGAAAUGGACAGUCAUAAUAGCAAGGUCAUGUACAGGGGAUAGUUAUAAAUUUAGCUCUGCUUGCUUCACAGGGGCUCCUUUUACACCAAGUUCAUAUCCUGCCUGGCUGAUGAUUCAAUGCCCUUGCUCCUGACAUACUUUUUUUUCUUCUCAUUCCCUCUUCUUCUUUUUUUCUCUCUUUUCUUAAUGAUACUUCAAACCAAAAUGAGAACAUUUAUCAAGAUUUAAUUUCACCCCUUAAUAACUGCCCCACACUUCCAAAUUCAGAUCACUAAGACAUGCCCUCUAAAUAGGAUACAGGGUAUAGGAUCAAACAUAAGGUACUUUAACUAAAUAAUUGUUACAAGUUGAAUCAUAAAGGAACUCUUUCCCUUCAGAAUAUAAGGAGAUGGGGAUAGGUAUCAGCUAACUGAAGGAAUAAAAUCUUGAGUUCCUUUAGCCAGGUUCUAAGCCUAUGCCUGAUCAGUGCUAGCCAAAGAGCUUAUUUGCAAUGAAGACACAAUUGGCUAAGGUUAUUCAUGAAUAAUAUCCUGGUUCGUUUAGAACUUAAAACGUCAUCUUUGAAUCAGAAGCUGUGGCUACUAUACCAGCUGCAGUGAGAAUAAGAGAGUCCAGAUUCAUGAAACUUUGAUUGUGCUUCUCAAAGUCAUCGAUCAGUCUUGAAUUGAUCUUCGGCAAAUUCUGUCUGCCAAAGAAAAAAUGAGAAAAGUAAUCCUUUUCCUUUUAUCCUUCCACUCAAUAUAUUUUUACCCCUCAUCUUCCCUCUCCACCCCUCUGAAAAUUUCUACCCACCCCAACUCCCUUUUUUCUUGUUGUUUACAUGUUGCACUCUGCAUUUAAAGACAGCUUUGUUGAUCAUUUCUUAAAAGUCAUUUUACUAGUUUCACAUAUUGCACAGACAAGCAGGUCACACAUGCUUCAUGUUUAUAUUUUUGCAUCCUUUUAGAACUUGUCUGAUAUAGCAACAAGUUAACAACUACCGAAAUAACGAGCUUUGCACCAUUUAAUGAAGCUUUGCAGCACUGACAAGAUGUAGUUCUCUACAACAGUUACUCUAGUAACAAGUCAGUGAUAGAUGCUCCUAAGCCAAUCAAAAUUAUUUUUCACCUGUCGCCACUUUAAAAUGAAUUAUUUUUAUUACUAUCUCACACAAUUGCUAAUCUUUUUCUUUUUAAUAUCCAGUGCUAUAUAAAAGUGUAUAGUACACGUAAAAGGAAUUGGGGGAAUGUGUGAAGGUAAUAAAAAUAUUUAAUAAAAUCACAUUUUAUUACAACUAUCACACAGCCCUUGUCACCAACUCAACAA